AUGGGCGCGCCGAGUAGCAGCGCUGCCGCUGGUGCAGCGUCUGCUGAGACCGGCUCGGUUCCCACGAUCGUCGAGCCGAAAGGCCAGAAGGAUGUUGUCGAUGCUGGGUUGAGGAGCUUGCACCAUUACAAACGCGCUCUUCCGAAAUGGCGAUACAACCUGCGACAACGACUCCUCCCGAUCGUGCGGUGGGAAACACCUUACCUCGCUUACCUCCAGAACCUCAUGCGCACGCCCGCGCUCGAUAGCUACUUUGCGAUUACGGCUAAUCUCGGCACACACACUUUCUUCAUGGUCGGGCUACCAAUUCUUUUCUGGUGCGGCUGGAGGGACUUUGCCAAGGGGCUCGUUCAUAUUCUCGCUGCGGGAGUUUGCUUCACGGGCUUUAUCAAGGACAUGUGCUCGCUCCCGCGCCCGUUAUCGCCGCCGCUCCAGCGUAUUACCAUGUCCGGCUCGGCAGCCCUCGAGUACGGUUUUCCCUCCACGCACUCGGCCAACGCCGUCUCGGUCGCCGUCUAUGCCGUGCUUAUGCUCCACCGCGAAAACAAUCCGCUCUCCCCAACCGUCUCCCUCGCGUUCGAAGUACUCGCCUACGCCUACGCCCUCUCGAUUGUCAUCGGCCGCCUGUACUGUGGCAUGCACGGCUUCGUCGACGUGAUCCUCGGCUCCCUGAUGGGCGCAGCCAUCUCGCUCGUCGAGUUCUACUACGCACCGAGCUUCGAAAAUUGGCUAUACGGCAGCGCCUACAUCGCGCCCAUCGCCGUCGCGCUCGCCAUCAUCGUGUUCGUGCGCGUCCACCCCGAACCCGCCGACGACUGCCCCUGUUUCGACGACAGCGUCGCCUUCGCAGGCGUCGUGAUCGGCCACGAGCUCGGCACCUGGCGCUUCGCGCGCCACUCCGUCUUCGCCGCCAUCUACAACGGCCCCUUCGCCACGUUCGACCUGGCCGCCCUCGGCUGGCCGCGCGCUAUUACUCGCGUUGUCCUCGGCGUUGCGGCCGUGUUUGCCUGGCGCGGGGUUAUGAAACCCACGCUCCUAAAAGUCCUCCCGCAUCUCUACCGCGUUAUCGAAACCCAUGGCUUGUCGCUGCCUCGCCGCUUCUUUGUCCCGGCCUCUGAGUACAAAAACGUGCCGCUGCAUGUGCGCGACGACAAUGUUCUACCCAACGUCAGCGACUUUCCCAAGCUGGUCCGCAGUUUCCGCGGGCCCGGCCGGGGUCGUUCCGUUAGUGUUGGUCCCCAGAGUGCCGCAGACGCGUACGAGACGCUGGCGUACCGCGAGCGUCGGCGGCGUGAGAGCCUGGGAAGCGAUGCCGGUGGUGCCGGGCUGAAAGGGACGGCGAGCUUGAACGGGCUGAGAGAGAAGGCGGCUGCUGUCGAUGGGGCGUAUUCGAAGGCGUCGGGCGUGCAGAGCAGUGUUGCUAGUGUGGCGGGGUUUGAGAAGAUGAUGGGGACGGGGACGGUGGUGGCGAGUGCGAAGCCCGAUGCGCCGGGGCCGAACUCUACCGAGGGGGUGGAUUUCUAUUUGGGGCAGGAGGAUGAGUUAGGGGAGAAGGAGGUUUUUUCGAAAUUGGUGAAACCGAGAGUGAGGUAUGAUGUGGAGGUUGUGACGAAGUUGGUUGUUUACGCUGGGAUCGGAUGGCUAGCAGUUGACGGCUGUUUGUCGCUGUUUGAACUGGUCGGCUUGGGUGCAGAGGUUGCAAGUGUAUAA